AUGCCAGGAACUACUGGAGACGAAGAAUUGUGCCAAGCGGUCCUGGGCUUUGUCACAGAUGGCUCCUAUCCUGACGAGAAGGUGGUUGCGGCCGAUUUCGCGCCAGCUGCCCUCGCUCGGGAAUUGGAGCUCAUAGCGAAAGCCCGCGAACAGGUAGAGGUACAGCACUCUGCGCACUCCCUGAGUCGAGAGAAUACCUUCGACGCCGAUGAUUGGAUUGUCCAAGCCAAACAGCUCCACGCCGACAUUGAACGAUCAAGAUUAACGGCGCGAGAAAUUGUUGCACAGCAUGAACACACCGGACCCUUGCAGGCGAAUGUCGAAGACGCCAAGGCGAAAGUCGCAUUAGUGGACACGGAGAUUGCCUUCAACGAGGCCGUGACAGGUACACUGGAGGAGGUACAACGACUGUGUCAGCAAUUGGAAACUGGUCGAACUGCCCUUAGAAAUGGCGAUAUCAAAGUCGCCAUCGAGCACUUGGAGUCUACCCACGCGGCCGUUGGAAAAGAUGCCUUCUUUACCAACACAAAUGUGAUGAGUAUACUAGCUGAUGAGGUGGCCUUAUUGCGAUCAGAAAUCACAGAGGCACUUCAAAAGCGAUGGGCGGAUCAGCUAAAGGUCGACCGAUCCCAAGGCGAGUUUCAGGUUUUCAACGCCGGCGAAGAUACCAUCGACAACACGAUUGUGUCGCUUGCUCAACUCGAAAUUCUUACUUCAGCCAAUGAGAAGUUCCAAAGGGAUUUCUUUUCUGCGAUAAUCAGUCCGAUCUUGCUUCCUCGCCCUGACGGCACUAGCCAGGGUGUGGUAGUGUCAGAGUCUAAUAUUCGAAUUGAGCCCCAGCCCUCAAAAGCAACGGCAUUGGAAACAUUGAAACGUCUAUCCAUCGUGUUGGGCUAUCUGCGUGAACAUUUACCCACGUUGGUAUCUGCGGCACUCUCUGACACAUUCAUCCCGAAGCUUUCUUCAAAGACAAUCUCGGAGUGGCUUUCCCAGGCGAUUCCAACUGACCUGGAUGGUCUUGCUGAUUUCGAAAUUCUCCUGGAUCACAUCUUGGAGUUCACGCAGAAGGUCGAGUCCUGGGGCUGGAGUGGCCAAGAAGAACUCGUAUCAUGGGUGAAUCAAGCUCCGCGUCUGUGGUUGACCCGACGUCGAGUGGAUUCCCUUGAUAGCGUUCGAAAGGCCCUCGCUGCUAGCCAAGGCACAACAAAGAAAGUUGAGCGAAUUGAAAAGGAGAAGGUGUCCCAAGCUGACGGUGCUCUCCUGGAAAAUGCCGUCAAUGAUGACUGGGAUGCCGGCUGGGAUGACGAUAAGGAAGAUGUUAAGUCUGAAAAAGCAGCAACAAAUCCCGAGGAUGAAGAAGACGUCAGUGCGUGGGGUCUUGAUGAUGAUGAGACCGAUGCAAUUCAAGAAGAGAAGAAAGCAGAUCAAACUGCUGCGUAUGUUGCAGAAGGGGACGACGAUGCUGAUGAUGCUUGGGGCUGGGGCGACGAUGAAGAGGAAGGACAGACAGCCGACACUCAGCCAGUCCACCCACAGAACCCUUCGUUGACCGCAACAGAGAAAAAGUCCGUGGUUGGGUCUGCUUCCCCCAAAGAGGUUACUCUGAAGGAAGUGUUCACCAUCACCGACAUUCCUGAGUCGGUUCUUAACAUUGUUCAACAGCAAAUCGCUGAUUCGAAGGACAUUUCGCAACCCUUACAUGCCAAGUCUCGGGUAGCCUCGUCUGGUGCGGGUCUGCUUGCACUCCCAACAUUGAUCUUGGCUAUGUUCAAAGCUACAUCAUCUACUUUUUACGCGCUGAAACUCAACUCAGGCCAGAUGUAUCUCUACAACGACAGCUUGUACCUCUCUGACGAGAUUCGAAAGCUGGUUGAAGAGCAUGGACUGUCCAGGCUCCAACCUGAUGUUGAGGCUCUGGAGAAAUUCGGCAAACUAGCCUAUAGCAAAGAAAUGCAGACCCAACGAACGAUUGUCACCGAUCUGUUAGAUGGGGCCCAAGGAUUUGGACAGUGCUCUGAGCAACCUUUCCAAUCAGACUGUGAGAACUCUGUCAGCGUGACUGUUGCCAGAAUCCGCGAUGUUUACAAGGAAUGGCAACCCGUUUUGUCUCACUCUGCACUGCUGCAAUCUGUGGGAUCUCUUCUGUCCACGGUUAUCAACAAGGUUAUCAUUGAUGUCGAGGACUUGGGCGAUAUCUCGGAAGAUCAAUCCAAACAACUGGUUUCUUUCUGUAACCAGAUCUCCAAGUUGGAAGACCUCUUCCUGCCAGAGAACGGCGACUCCGGAGCACUACCUGUCACUGCUAUCUAUGUCCCGAGCUGGCUUCGCUUCCAAUACUUGGUCAACAUCUUGGAAAGCUCCCUUGCUGAUAUCAAGUUCCUUUGGCUUGAAGGGGAGUUGGGCUUGGAGUUCUCUGUUGAGGAAGUGAUUGACCUGAUUGAGGCAUUGUUUGCGGAGUCUGACUACCGUCGGCGUGCUAUUUCAGAAAUUCGCAGAGCACCAAGAGGCUGA